GUUUGACUACAUGAACACGGAAGCAUAGCAUCCCGGGGUCGGAAGUACUAUACACGCCAAUACGACUCGAUGAAUAUCUUCCCUGAAAAACUUCCCAUUUUAUAGGCCGCCCCUUUUUCCUCCUCCAUUUCUCUCUCCUCCUUUUUUCUCCCUUCGUCUCUCGCCACUUUCUUCUUCAUUUUUCCAGAAAAAUGGUGGAAUUCCUCGCUUAAAUUUCCUGCAAUUUCUACUUGUUAAAUUCUUCGAAAUUCAUAAAUUUUACCAAAAUUCAUCUGAUUCUUCAAUGGCAGCUGCUAAGCGCGCGAUUCAAUUCGGUGUAAAUUCGACUAGGUUUUUCGCUAAUUCGAGAGGUUUUGCUGCUGUCGAUCCGCAAUUUAGCCGAUUCAAUCAUAAUUUUCGGCAAUUCUCUCAGCUUCAAGCUCCUAAUAAUAAUCGGCGUGGAUUACUUGUUGAUACUUUAGCUUUGGUGAGGAAUUUGGAGGCACAAGGUGUUCCGCAGAAGCAGGCUGAGGCAAUAACAAAUGCAAUUAUUCAGGUUGUGGGUGACAGCAUGGAAAAUAUGUCACAAUCCUUUGUUUCUAAGUCGGAAAUGGAAAAGACGGAAAUGCUUCAGGAUUCAAACAUUUCCAGAUUCAAAGGUGAAGUAAAAACCUCUCAGGACCAUCAUUUUUCCUUGUUACAAAGAGAAAAUGAGAAACUUCAGAAUGAUAUUGAAAAGCUGCGUAGUGAGCUGAGGUAUGAAGUUGACAAGGUAACAGCUGGACAGCGUUUGGAUUUAAAUCUUGAAAAAGGGCGCAUACGUGAUGAACUUGCUAAUCAGAAGGCAGAAAACAACAACCUUACCAAUAAACUCGAUCGAGAAAUUAAUGCGCUGAAAGCUCAACUGGAAGCUGGAAAGGUAGAGUUGAUCAGAUUCUGCAUUGGUACCCUUGCCUCCACUGUUGCUGUUGGUCUUGCUUUCUUUCGAGUGUUCAAGUAGGUUCACUUUGGUAAUAAUGGAAUGGCUACAAGCAUACAUGAUUCUUUUCAAGACCACUAGGAGCCUAUGACCAUAGCCAUACGAAAAAGGUUCAAAUUCAUUCUUAUCUGGCAGUAUUUUUUCUAAGCCAGAAUUUAGUAUUUUUUUCUAAGCCGAAAUUUGAUAACAUCCUAGCUAUCACUUGACUUGUUAACACUAAUUUCUUGGUGCAAGAGUGGUUAUCUGUGUACAGAAUUUGUAGUCUUAAAUCUGUGUAGUCUUUUUUGUAUGAAAAAAAUUGUAUUUGAAAGGAAUUUUGGAAUAGGGAAGAAUUAAAAGUAAAAGUCACCUAUUGCUUUGUGAUUAUGCUACAAUGCUGUUAUAGUUUACGUGGUGUAUAUAUUAAUAUGGAGGUUUUUUAGUUUGAUGUAAAAGAAUGAA